UCCAUCAAACGUCGAUAAUAACUGUACCAUGAUUUUCAAAUGGACAUAUUGUUACAUCCUUGUUAUGAAAUUUUACGUGAGCAUGGGUAUAACAGGAUGUAGACCAGGAUACUAUGGACUUAACUGCACUUUGCCUUGUCGUUUUCCAAACUACGGCAUAGAUUGCCAAUCUGGAUGCCAAUGUAAUGAAAUCCAGUGUGAUAAUACCAUAGGAUGUAGAGAUUACACUGUCACUGAGGUUUCUGAAUAUGUACAAGAGGCUACAAAGACAAUUCUACCAAAGCUUUUCUAUGCCACUUACAACAUUAAUUCUACCGACAAAGAAACUCAAAACCAGAGAUCCACUUGGGCAGGUCUGAGCCUUACUAAAAAAUCCAUGUUAAUCAGCAUUUGUAUCAUCGGGCCAGUCUUCCUUAUAAUGAUUGGUAUUUACGUAACCUGGAAAGCGAAAGAGUCGGCACUGGUUCAUUUAUUUAGAUCAAAAUGGAAAUUCGGGAGAAGUCCAAGGAAUGACACUUUUGCUUUGUGAAAAAAUUUGCGUUUGAAAAAAAUCAUUGUCUGACGAAUUUGUUUGACUUGCAAUUUUGGUAUG